GGAAUCCCCAAAUGAGAAAUAACCGAUAACGCCUUCCCGCUUUUAAACUGUGCGAUUCGCGUGCAGGGGGUUGACCUUCGGUUUCCUUGCUCUAUGGUUGGAACAUUGCGUCAUUCUUGCUCUGUUUUUGGUGAACACAGGUUGAUUACAUCGUUCAAAGAAACGUUAUGUGGGAGUUUUGGCGAUCUUCAGUCGAGGACGGAGUGAUUCUGGUGUUGUAUGGUUCUCCUGUUCGUGGAAGAUACGUCGUGAAGGUCAACGCAUUACCGGAUAGAAAAGUGGAGAUCUGCUUUGACGAUGGAACCACCAUGGAACUUCCCCUGGCUGACUACAGCAAUGCUGGAUGUUUUGCCGACAAACUGAGAGCCGACAUGGGGGCGCUUGAGUUCGUUCAUGAGUUCGAGCACUUGUUGUCUCCCCUCAGCUUGGUUCCUCCGGUGCAAGAAACCGAAAGACCAUCCACUUCAACUGAAUCCACCACGUCUGCUCAACUAUUAAAUGCAAAUGCAGGUGGAGUGACUAAUGGGUCUGACACGAUUCAGCCAACUCCAGACUCGGAGGCUGAAAUUGGUGGAGAAACCCAAAGCCCAGUCAAGUCAACUGCAUCCGCCACAUCUACUCAAACAUCUGAUUUGAAGCCAGGCGAAGCACCUGCCGGAGCUGACACCAAGCAGCAAAAUCCCGACGGUAAAGGCGGAGGACACUGGAAACGCAAUCUGUUGAUGGCAGCUCUGGGCGCGCCGCUUGCUGUGGGCGCCGUAAUGGUCGCUCUACCGGCCAUUGGCUUCACUGCCGGGGGGAUAGCAGCCGGAUCCUACGCUGCCAGCAUGAUGUCGGCUGCAGCUGUUGCCAACGGGGGCGGCGUAGCUGCUGGAAGUGCUGUGGCCGUCCUUCAGUCGGUUGGAGCCGCCGGCCUCGGCGCAGGCGGGACGGCCGCGGUGGGCGGUGUCGGGGCAACGGUCGGGGGAGCCACCUCGUACUUAGUUGGCCUGUUUAAGGAUAAAUUCAAAAAGAACAAGAACGAAGUAAACGACGCCACCGCCGCCGCUGACGACGACGACACCAACAAAAACUAACUUCGGAAAUGAGGACAUUAAGAUGUAGUUCAAUGCUAGCUCAACAGAAUUUGUGUCAGAAGCCCUGUCCCGUGGUAUCUCGUCAGAUUUCAGAAAUGUUGUGGGAGAACAGCUUUAUCUCAGAGUUUUCAGUUAGGAAAACUGUAAAAUACUUUCAAUAUCCCCCUCAUUAUCCAUUACAGAUAUUGCAAGAUGUUCACUUUAUUUCCGCGACAUGUUAGAGUCACGCUGUCAAAUGAGCCAUGAUUUUGGCACUGAUCCAGACUUGCAUGAUAUUUUUGAUUGCGAAAGCUUCACGUAUUUGGAAAAAUUGUGACAUUAAAUUUACGUUCGACCAUCGUAUCUCAAGGAUAAAAUUUGUUGGAUAACUUUGUUUGAAACAAGGCUUUUGUGUAUUGUUUGUUCUUCAGAAGUUAUGCAGAAAUGAUACUUUGCAUCAAGAGUGUUUGGUUUUUUUUGGCCAGUAUUGCUCAUGGAGUUUAUUUCAUUCUGAGACCACUCACAAUGGACCGUAUAUUUACACUGCAUUUAAACUAAUUCGUGGCAUAGAACGGUGCCAUUUGGCAUCGAUCGUGUAUUAUUAAAUGCUCUUCCAAAUUUACGAAGUGUGCUGUACACUUCUGAAAUGCUUGUGGAACUUAAUAAAGUAAACACAAUCUACUACAAAGGGAGUUUGGAAUACGUCAA